CUCAACCAGAGGUGAGCCACUUUGUGCCGUGAGUUGGAGUUGGGGUUAGACAGAGAAGGUGAUAACCGUUGUUUAUUUUUAAGACUUGGAAACGUGGGUCUCCAGUAGGAAUGUAUGAGAUUGGCACUGGAAGUAGACUAUAAUACGGCUCGCCCUGUUUGCAGUUGCGCGCUCUCUUGAAAUCUUCACCGACACCUCACUGAAACCAUCAGUGCCGUGAGCUGUUGAGCUCAACUUUCAUAUCUUCAGUGUUUGGAUUGGGGGGGAAAACAAAGAUAAGCAGCUUAUCCAACAGGUGUUCAAACCAGCAAUGAGGGAGAGGGUGAUCAUAUUCUGCCAUCUGUUCUUCUGUCUGUCCUUAGCUGUGCUUUUGCACUCAAGGUCGAUUUCUGGUGACGCCAGUACAGAUGCCUUCAAGAACAACAUCACACUCUUUACACGGAUCCUGGAUAGACUUCUGGAUGGCUACGAUAAUCGACUGAGACCUGGCCUUGGAGAUCGGGUAACAGAGGUGAAAACAAACAUCUACGUCACCAGCUUUGGCCCUGUGUCAGACACCGACAUGGAGUACACAAUAGAUGUCUUCUUCCGCCAAAGUUGGAAGGACGAGAGGCUCAAAUUCGAUGGGCCCAUGAACAUCUUGCGCCUCAACAACCUCAUGGCCAGCAAGAUCUGGACACCAGACACCUUCUUCCACAAUGGCAAGAAAUCGGUUGCCCACAACAUGACGAUGCCCAACAAGCUACUGAGAAUCCAGGAUGACGGCACCCUGCUCUACACAAUGAGGUUGACAGUGCAUGCAGAAUGCCCGAUGCACCUUGAGGACUUCCCCAUGGACUUCCAUUCCUGCCCUCUCAAAUUUGGCAGCUAUGCCUACACCAUGUCAGAAGUGACCUAUGAGUGGACUCCCAACACUACAGUCGUGGUGGAGGAAGAGAGUUCCCGACUCAACCAGUACGAUCUGCUUGGCCAGACAGUCGGACAGGAGACCAUCAAAUCCAGCACAGGCGAGUACACGGUCAUGAUGGCCCAUUUCCAUCUGAAGAGGAAGAUCGGCUACUUUGUGAUCCAAACGUACCUGCCCUGCAUCAUGACCGUCAUCCUCUCCCAGGUCUCCUUCUGGCUCAACCGGGAGUCGGUGCCCGCCAGGACUGUAUUCGGCGUGACGACCGUGCUGACCAUGACCACCCUGAGCAUCAGCGCUCGCAACUCGCUGCCCAAGGUGGCCUACGCCACCGCCAUGGACUGGUUCAUCGCCGUGUGCUACGCCUUCGUCUUCUCCGCCCUCAUCGAGUUUGCCACCGUCAACUACUUCACCAAGCGCGGCUGGGCCUGGGAUGGGAAGAGCAUUGUCAAUGAAAAGAAAAAAGAGAAGGCCUCAGUGGUGAAGAAGAACAACGCGUACGCCGUCGCUGUGGCCAACUACGCCCCAAACAUCACCAAGGACUCUGUGCUGCCCACCAUCGCCAAGGGCGGCGCCGGCGACCCCAACAAGCCCAAAGGGGAGGGCAAGCAGGAGUGCAAGAAGUCCUUCAACAGCGUGAGCAAGAUCGACCGCAUGUCCCGCAUCCUCUUCCCCAUGCUCUUCGGGAGCUUCAACCUGGUCUACUGGGCCACGUACCUCAACAGGGAGCCCGUCAUCAAGGACAUGGUGCCCUCGACCUAAAGGCACGCCCUGCCUCCCAACCCCGUGGUGUGGUCUGAGCUGAUCAAAGAGUGAGACCAGAGACAUACCAAAUACCCCCUAGAGACUGCUGAUUCUCCUGUGCACGCGUCCGGUCCAGACGCAGUGAGGCAGACAAGUUGUGGAUAGUUUCCAGGUCUUCUCUUUCCUUUCUUUUUUCUACAUCUUUUUCUGCAGUGCUUUUGGACUGACAUUUGCCUUUGUAAAUAACGUGUGUAUUUAUAAUAAUCUAAGGUUAGGAUUGGGGAAGGGUGGGACAGUCACUAGUACUUGUGUCAGUAUGUUUAUAAUUUUUAGUUUGUGAUAUUUUGGCAGUGUUUAAAGAGCAGUAUCUCAGAACUAGUUAUUUUUUUGGGAGAGCUUAGACAUAGUACAAUAUCGCUGUACUGUAUUUAUUCACAGUUCUUUCUGUUUUCUCUGAAACGUUGCCUUUCUAUUGGUUCUGUGAUGGUGCUUGUUGUGGGAUGGCAUUACACAUGUAUGAUCAUAACUAUAGUCAUUUACAGGCAGAAACUCAGAUGACCGGUUUGAUGACCAGGAUUCUUAAACUGUAAUCACCGUUGUUUAGGCAUACAUAGUCAUUGAAGUUAAUUUUGAACUUUCAAACAAUAUGGUUUUAUUCAAAUACAAAAGCAUGUGGUUUAUUGAGCUUUUUACGGACGUAAAAGCCUCAUCACCUUCACAGAGGACAAAGCUAUGUCUUUUUUCUUUUUUGGUUUGACACAAGUGCAGGUUUAGCUUCAAGUGUUUUUGUUUGUUUCUGAUUUCAACCUUCUCUCUGUUUACUCUUCUUAAUUUUCUAACUGACUAUUCUUUUUAUGGUUUCAAAGUAAGUGACUGCAACAAAGUUGAUCACAACAGCUGUGGUUUUGUGAACUGAUCAUUUGAUAAAAUGAUGUUGCAUCUCAAGAUGUUUGGCUUGCAUGCACCGAAUUAUUUCUACGACUACAAAUGUGGUUAACAUUGGACUUGCAACAUGGCAACUAGUAGAAGGCUGUGGGUGCUUACCUCUCAUUCUAAUCACUUUGGUGAAGUGAUCGGAUUUUCUAACAGUGUUGAAUGGACCAAAACACCUGCAAGUGCUUCAAGUCCUACUGCAUGUUUGAUAGUGAAAAUUGCAUUUAUAUUUUGGGUUUAUUAACUUUUUGACAACAAUGACAGGCAGAUUUUUUCUAUAUUCCAUAUAGGUUGUCAUUAAUAGCACUUGUCUGUCCUUGCACUUCUUGUUAUCAUAGAUUAGAACUCAACAAACAACCGCCACUAACUGUAAAUAUCCAUGUACUCACUGAAUUCUUAGUAGCAACUCUCACACCCCAGUACUUAAUUUUUGUCUGACAUCAGUGUUCUGAAUUAGUUCAGUAACUAAUAUAACACAUAUGCACGUACAUUUUUUAAAUUAUAGACAACCCUUCAGCAGUCAUGUCUAUAUUAGUGUAGAAUUAAUUGAUUUCAGAAAUGAGAGCCAACAACCAUUUGCAUAGCUUUCUUACCUGCAUCAUUGGCUGUGCAGAUACUGUUUAAGCAAUAACAUACAGAUGGAAUGGCAACGUAGUUCAUACCGAGAGCUGCUGUAAGCAUAGGAAUGUAAUAGAACUUUUAUUUUGAAAUUGACUGC